UCUUGGCAUGAGGCCAUGCUGGUCUCUCGCUACCAGUAUCGCCUCUACUUGGUCUUGGUUGAUGCUAAUGACAACUAACAAGUAGACUUGCUUGCUACGGGUACCACGUUUAAGGUCACAAUGGCGCGAAGCUCCCUUCCCCGCCGGUUGCAAGGCAAGAAAACGACUCAGCAUCGGUACACGACGUAUACUUUGUUGCUCCUUUGCUGUGCGUUAGCUAUUCUGUUGCUGGGUGGUCGACUGGUGUCUCCAGCAGCCUUUUCAUCUUUAGGGUUAUCCUACACAUAUCACGUCAGAACCAACCAAACUGGAGCUGGAACUAGCGAUGCAGGGUUGGGUGCUACCAAUCGGCAAUUGGAAGAUCUCAGGAAACAAAUUCAAGAUCUCAAGACAGAAAAUAGACAUCUCCACGAGAAACUAGAUGCUUGCAAUUCACAAGCCCCAGAAAGGCUGGGGGGGCUGACAGCCGAGACCGUCAACGAGAGGGAAGUAAAGCCAGCAGAUACCUACAACAGCAACCUUGGCAAGGAACAACUUGAAUCUCAUGUGUUUUCGAAAAGGCACCAUGUGUGUGGGAAAUUAAGUCAGGCGGUUGCCAACACGGCAGGUAUUGAGACCCCAAAAGAUAUCAUCAUUCCUUCCACAUCCUUUGUUUGGACACAGCUUCUUGCAGAGAUCCACAAUGCCACCAAUCUGCUUCCCAACGACCCCCAGUAUCAGUUACAUGAUUUCACAGCACAUUUGUUGCAGCUGGUGUCGUCGCGACUGCCCCAUUCCGCACAGACACUACCGCGAUCCUGGGAAUCGGUUCAAUCUGUGUUGGAUAUUGCCUGGAAGCGUUUGGAAUAUUUUCAGUUGCAUCCAGAAGCGCUGGUGCAUGAAACAGGACAACCCGCAAAGCUGAAUGACAGCUACGAACACAAGGAAGAAAUUCCUCGGCCCGUCAAUAUCAUCAUUUUGGGUGGAUCUUUGUUGCAAGGAACAAACUGCCGAAAAGUCAUUCGUGAUCUUGGGUUCAAUAUUAACCUGCCACUGCGAGAAUGCUGUUGGGGCCAUCGACUGGGAGCAUUCCUCAAUCAACUCUUUCAAGCACCUCUCGUAGAGGUGACCAAUAUUGGAGUGGGUGGUACCAAUACAGCCACUGGAACACUUCUGAUACAGUUUGAGCUGUUGCCACCCGAAGCGGCAAACCAUCCAGAUGUGAUUAUCAACGGGUACUCUACAAAUGACAUGCAUGCUUGGACAAUGGACGAAGCUGCUCACAGCAACCUGACACUGGCCGACCAGAUACGGGUCAUGGUGGAAAACUUUCAUCGCAAUGCUACAUUGUUAAGGACAGCACAACAGGAGUGCCAUCCAGAAAGUGAAAAGCAACAAUCGCCACCGCUCGUUGUGUAUUUGGAUGACUACUUAGGGAACGAACAACGUGAAAUUUUGAGCACCAUGGAAGGAUCAUCUUCUGUGCAGACAUUGGCUCGCUACUAUGGAUUUACGUCCGUGUCGUAUGCCGAUGUGGUCCGCGACUGGGUGUAUGGCGACACACACGAAUCCUGGUUCUCUCCAGAAGGAUGGUAUCCCAAAAAGAACAGUGCCAUGGUACGAGAGAUCCACCCACAGCUCGGCAUGCAUAUAGUGGCUGCAUGGGUGGUUGCCUACAAUCUGCUACAUUUGACAACAACCUAUUGCAGCUUGGAACCCUGGAGACGUGUCGACGAUGGUUUGGCAUCGGCAAAAGACGAUAUUCUUCAGCAUUCCUAUGACACGACGCGGCAAGCCCUGCCGCAAUUGCCUGCCUUGCGAGGCGACACUCAGUUUGUUCCUGGUGGCAAACCAAAGCCACCACCAAACGGUCUGCCGCCCCGUUUGACCCAAGAAUUGUCCUUGGACGACAUUUCCCGGAGUUGGCAGGAAGAAUCCUCCGCAGGCACCUUGUGGGAGCCAUCUGACAGAGUCUGUCCUGUUCCAGCAAAGUGCCCAUUUGCAUGGGUGAGUCGUAUUCGUGUGGCCCCACAUCCACACAUUCCGGAUUCCCAACAUCGAAAGGAAGAUGUCGCCAACAGCGCCUAUUGGAAAGGACAUGCCUUGAGUGACUUUGGAGGAGACAGCGACAAUAGCAGUUGGGCAUUCCAGUCCGAACAUGGCAAGGUUGGUGUGAGCCCAUUAAAGGGUGUGGGAUCGAACCUACUGUUGGAGAUCCCACCCCCGAGUGCUCCACCAGAAGAGCAUUCUCCCGCCAUUCGGAGGGUGACAUUAUUCUACAUGAAAAGCUACGGUCCAAAAUGGGAUGGUAGCACCGUGCGAUUGGAUGUUAUGGCAUUGGAUGCUUUAUCAGACGAAUGGAAACCUCUAUCAUCGACUAACUUUGUUGGAUACCAUGCCAAGACUACAAGUGAGACGUAUGCAGACACCAUUGAUCUGCCACCCGACUUUUCAUCUUCCAAACUACGUCUAUCAAUAAAGCUGAUCAAGGGGGAGACUUUCAAGAUUAUGGGACUUGCAGCAUGCCGAUCUUGAGGAGUUUGCGGCUUCCGUCAAUCUGGAUGACAAUUGGCGCCACAAGUCACAAUUGCGACAUGGCCUUAUUUUUGCCUGUUCGGAGCCAAGAAUGAUGAUGGAUCAGGGCGUCCCACUAAAAGUAAGGUAUCUGCUGAUUCGUUCAGCAUUCAGCUGAUUGUCGGCGCCCCCAUCAUGCAACUGACGUGCAGUGGGGAUUAAUAAGAUAACAGAUGCUACAAGGCAAGAGGGGAAAAGGCUACGGAGCCUGCAUCCAAGAGGGAGUAACCCCGAAAACCAUUGUCAUGUGCUUUUCGCCUUUUGAUCGAUCAAGACUGCCAGGAAAGAGUCUGUGAGGCGACCACCUGCAAAAAGGUUUCUGGUUCGUUUACACCAGGUCGCAUUGUCCUUGUUUACCAUCGUUCACUACCGGUAUAUCGGACCAACCAUUGGUCAGUAUCGUUCCGCAUUCAAUAAAUAAGGCAUCCUUCAUCCAAGGAGAGGAAAACUGUCGAGAGUGAAGGUCCGAGCAAAUACACGUACCGGUAGGGCUACAGCCAUUUGUCUUGAUGGCUGCGCUUUCUGAUCCAACCCAUCAAAUUUGGGAUAAGUUCACCUACAAUCAUUCCCUUCCAUGUUGUGCUUCUGGCACAACUUCUCCAACUGUUCUAUUCGCCUUUUGAGAAAAAAUCGUUCUGCCUCUUUCCGUUGUCGCUUCUUGUCGGCACCAUAGUUUCGAUUGCUCCAAACCUUGCCAGAUCUGCCAUCAUCAUCAGCAUCGUCCAGUGAUGGUGGUAUAAAGACACCUUGUUUUUCCAGUCGAGCGGUAAGCUGGCCGAGUUUCUCGUGAAGGUCAUCCAGAGAGUUCGGCCUGUGUUUCUUUUUGGAUUUCUGGUUGCCUUGUCGUUUGGUUCCUUGUUUCUUCUUGGAGGAAUUUUUGCCACUCUCAGCCUUUUGCUCUGCCGAGAACUGCUCGAUCAUGCGUUGGAUAUCCUCUUCUUCAUUGCUGCUACCACUAUCGCCGUCAACAUCCUCAUCUUCCAACCACAUGGUCAAUGAUUUCAUGAUUUCGCCUCAUGAUUUGAGGUUCCUCGACACACUUCAGGCACUAAAUCUUUCAAGCCAACUUAUUAAUUCUUGUAUUCGGUAUCCACCACUCGAAGG